AUGUAUCUAGAAAAGCAUAAAAUCACUUCACUUUUUGAGGAGCUGAUGAACAAAAUAAUUCGAGAUUCACCUGAUAAUCCCAUCAUUUACCUUAUCAAACAGCUUUACAGGAAAGCUGGUCUCAGUAUUCCAUUGGAAUUGAAAAGUAAUAUGAGCCUAAGUAAAACGACUCCUGAUUUAACUAUCCAUGGUCAAAGCACAGAAAUUGUUAGUAAGUCAACUUUAUUAACUUCCUGGGCAAAAAAAUCAGAUGAAUUCCGUGCAGUCAGUGCUCCUGUCAGUAAGGACAAAUCCUACGUGAAACCAUGGCAACAAAAGGAAAGGCCCAAAGCUUCACUGCAUCCGAAGAAGCCUAUGGAAGCCGAUUCUAUGGACUUUACUGAAGCAGUAAAACCAAAGACGCCCCAGGUUUCCCCCACUCCCCGUUUUAUGAAAAAGACUUCAGCAAGAACUUCAGCCCUCAUCUAUCCACGUCAUGCUUCAUUGGAUGAUUUCUUGCAAACGAAUAAAACAACUGCAGAUCACAAAGAAAGGCCAGGUUGGAAUGGAGACACAAAGAUAAAAUCUGCUUCAUUUGAUGAUUAUGCAGCUGAUAGGAAGGCAAAUGGAUCAAAAUCUUCUCAGAUACAAGAUUCAAGAAAAUCUUGGGCAAUGAUAGGCCUAAAUGAUACAGCUGUUGAUUCAUUUCAAGAUGGCUGCUACACUGGUCCAAAGGUGACUCACAGAAUAAAGAUUAAAGACGAUGAUAUUCUGUCAGAAGAAACAGUCAUGUCCAGUCGACACAAAUAUUACAAAGAAGAACCAGCAAUAAAACCUCCAAUGUAUACUGGGCGUAUCAGCAACAAACAGGCCAUUGCAGAGAAUCAUAAAAAAAAUCUUGAGAAAAUUUUGAAAGAAAAUGGAAACCAUGCUACAAUGUCAUCCAAGACAGCAAUAGAAAGUGGUUAUGAAGAUGCAGAUAGUGCAGUUGAACUGCUUGAAAAUCCUGCUGACUUGAUAUCAGAAGGUGUUAAUAAGCUGCCUUCAGUUGGUUAUAAGCUAAGUAAGACAUUGCGUCAUAGAGAAGAAGAUGCUCAAGUAAAGCUCAAUAUCAAUUUGUACUCGGGAGCUGCUCCAAGUGAGAUUGGAUCUGCAAUAUCUCAAUUUGAUGAUUUUUCUGAGUAUGACCAAGAAAGUGUUGGAAGACGGACAACAGCUGCAAAUCAACUUGUAAGAUUUGAUGAUAGUGAUGAUGACUUUGAUAGUGCUUCUCAGGUGGCAUCAAGCACACAAAAAAUGCCAAAUUGGAAGUCUAAACAUUUUGAUGGUGAAACAUAUUCUCUUGGGAGGACUCCUAGUCCACAACCCCCACUACAAGAGAACCAUACAUUUCUCAGCAAAUCUGUUACCAUUCAAGAACCCAUUCGAGCUAAUUCACCAAUCACAGGCCGCCUAAGAUCAUCAGCCCCUCCACUAUCUAACCAGAUUCCAGCCUUGAGAACAUCCACAAACAGCGAUAAUUUCUCCAUCAAUAGCAGCUUGCCACUCCAAGAACAGGAUGUUACUAAUAGUCAAAACUUGGUUGACUUAAAAACGGAAAGUUAUGGUUGGGAAUUUUCAGAUGAUUCUGAUGGAAGCAUUGUAUCGGCACGUUCCACGCAUCAGAGAGCAAAGAAGUUACCAAGAGACAGAAACCAAUAA